AUGAUAGGCAUCCGUUUCCUUUUUCCUCCGUUUGCAGACCACGUGACUUUGUACGAGAGAGCAAAGAUCUGGGUCAGGAGGCAUGAGUACAAGUACUUUGUUGAUUGGUCGGAGAGUGACCUCAAAAAUGUUGACCCUGAACUUCGACCAUUGCAGCCAAUCACGAGACAGCUCUAUAAAAUUCACAUGAACAGGAGUGAGCACUGCAGGAAUGUGAAGCUGCAGUUCUGCCUGCACACCGACUCGGCGUGGGCACAUGACUUCUGCGAGAAACUCCAGAAGUCCCCUGCCGAAGGAGGGUUCACAGGGCUCUGCCAGGCGAAGAUAGCAGCUGCGGAACUCUGGCGGACGUACAGCACCAACUACAGGAGUCAUCAGGCCAGGCAGCCGAAUGGAGUCUCCAUCAAGAAACAACAACUUCAAAAGCAACACUUUCAACAAGAAGAACAGCUUCAGAAGCAGCAACAGCAGCUUCAGAAGCAACUACAGCAACAACAGCAACAACUAGAAGAACGGCAACUCCAUCGAUUUCAACAUUAUCCACACGAACAAUCAAAACAACAGCACAAACAACCAAAUGAAUACAAUCCGCCAAACAAAAAAUUCAAACUGAAAGCUGACCUAGCGAGUGAUGUUGAAAAUGCUGGACGGAAAACCAAAAACAACAACAACCACAACAACAACAACGACCAGGCUGAUGAAGUUGCUUUCUAUAUGAAAACUCCUUAUAAUUAUGCAUCCCAUUGCAACAUCAAAAUCGGUUCUUAUAACAACAACAUUAGCAAGUGCAACAACAACAUCGACAGCAACAACAACAACAUCAACAGCAAUAACAACGUUGAAUGUUUUACCGACGGCAAUUUAAUUCAAGACGACACAAAAAAUGGUUUGCUUAAAAAGCUAGAUUGCUAUCAACAUUAUAUGCAACAACAACAACAUCAGCAACAACAAAUCAAACAAAAACAUGCAACAAACCACAUAAUCAACAACAACAACAACAUUAUCAACAACAACAUUUCUAGUCCAACAAAAAAUGGCUGCAAAACGGUUAAUAAAAUCUGGUCUCCAUUCGAAGAGGCAAAAAUUGAAAACCCUUUCAACAACCACACUGAAGACAACAGCAACAACAUCAUUGACAGCAACAACGACAACACCAGCGACAACAACAACAUUCACAACAACAACAACAUAUCAAAACACUUAAAAAAUUUUAAUGGCAUGUGCAAUGGCAACGGAAAUGAUUCCAGUUAUCAUUAUGCCGAUGGAGAUGACAACAACGAAGGAGCUUAUAACAACAAAAACAACCGCAAUAACAACAACAACAACAAUAAUAAUAACAACGUCGUCAACAACAACAAUAAUAAUAACAACGUUGUCAACAACAACAACAAUAAUUAUAACAUUAACAACAACAGCAGCAACAACAACAACAUUGUUCUAUCCGGUAAGGACGAUGAAGAUGAUGACGAGAUUUCAGAACCGCCAACAGACGUCAGCCAGAGCAGUUAUGUUGCUGCCAUGUUCCAGCUAUAUUUCAAACAAUUCUACAUCCAUCAGCAACAUAUAUACGUUGAUCGGUUGUUGCUAGCAAUGCAAUCUUCGCAACUGUCUCCUAUUAGCAACCUUUGA